AUGUCGCGAGAAGUCGUUUUAGUAACUGGCUGUUCAAAAGGUGGGAUUGGUUUCCAUUUGUGCGAGCGUUUUGCGGAGCAGGGAUGCAUUGUGUAUGCAACGUCUCGUAGGCUGGAGACGAUGGACGGCUUCAAACAUUCAGUGGAAAAACGUGUCAUGGAUGUGACCAGCGAUGACGAUGUGAAACUCGUCGUACAGUCCAUCCUAGAAGAGCAGGGGAAAAUCAACAUCGUUGUGAAUAAUGCUGGUGUUCUGGCCAUCGGACCGUUGCUUGACGUAUCCUUAGAUCAGGCUGGAAACGCGUUUGAGAUCGAUACGUUCUCGAUCUUGCGGGUUGCACAGGCAGUCGCACCCUCUAUGGUGGAACGCAAGCAAGGGCUUAUCGUUAAUAUUGGAUCAAUUGCAGGAAAUAUCCCUAUUCCAUGGUAUGGAUUAUACUGCGCAGCUAAGGCGGCACUUCACGCGCUCAGCGAUACUCUGGCCAUGGAAUGUAAGCCUUUCGGUGUUAAAGUGAUUUUAGUGGCACCAGGGUGCAUUCAGUCAAAUAUUAGCACCAACCAAGCAGCCACACUUGAACUAUCUCCCACGUCCAUCUACAAGCCCUACUUCAAUCGAGUGUACGAACGCCUGCGUACCAAUCGAACCCAAGACCAAGGCAGCAUGCCUACUGAUGAAUUUGCACGACGUGUGGUUGCAAAGGUGAUGAGUCCCAAUCCUCCAACUUAUAUGUCACUUGGGACCAACUCGCGUCUUUUCGCAUUCUUCCACUGGCUCCCUCACUGGUUUGUCCUCUGGAUCCUGGGAUGGAAGCUAGUGUGGAGAAAGACCUGA